GUAUCACGUCAUAACAUCGGAUUACAGUACUGGUAGCAGACGUGUGUCCUGGCUGUUCUUAUAGCCGUAGUGUAAAACCUUGUCUUGCAUUGUGCUAGUGCAGAGGUUGCGUGUGCUAACUUUCAUCCGACGUAUUCUUCUUGGCCUUACAUAAAGGAGAGUGAGAUGAGAUCUGGCUGUGACAGAGCUGUUGGUGCUGUAGGGUGCAGCCCAGUGAUAUCAGAAGCAGCAGCAGCAGCAGCACUAGCAAGGGCAAAUGAAGCAGAAGAGAAGAAGAGAGAAGCAAGAGCUAAAGAUGAGAGAAGAAGAAAGGCAGCUAAGAGAGCAGAGGAAGAGGAGAUAGAGACCAUGAAAAAAGCAGCAGCUGCAGCAAGUGAGACUUUGGAAAGAAAACAAGCAGUCAAAUCAGAGCAAGCAAAAACAGCAGCAAGAUUAGCAGCAAAAGAAAGAGCAGCAGCAUUUAGAGAAAAUUAUUUAAAUACAUCAUCAGUUCCUUCCUAUAAUGUUGUAGAAGGGAGGGAAGUAGUUAAUGCAACAGGAAGCAAAAAUAUAGAAAAGAGAAGUGUGGCAGAUAGUUUCUUUGGCAGACAAACUGAAACUGAAAUGGAAAAUGAAAUGGCAAGACAACGGGAAGCAAGAGCUAGAGCUCAGAAAGCAAGAGAAGCAGCAAGGAAGGCAGAAGACGAAAAGCUAGAGACAAAAAAGAGAGCAGCAGCUGAAGCAGGUGAAGCAUUGGAGAGAUCUGAUGAAAUCAAAUCAGCUGAAGCAAGAAAAGCAGCAAGAUUAGCGGCAGAAAUGCGAGCUGCAAGAACAUCUCAGACAUCACAAAAUUGCAGCAUAAAUCUUUCAUCAGGUCCAUCUCAGCCUAAAAUCACAAAGAGGGAGGCAGUCAGUGCCACAGGUGAACAAGACAGUAACAGUCAUGGGGUGAAUAAGGUAAAUGAAACACAUGAAAACUUUAAGCCAAAUUCCAUAAGCAUUUCUGAUGAGAAGGAGACUGUUGAUGUAAUAGAUAUUAAACAUACACUGAUGAAAGACAUUGAGAGGGAGAUUGUUGAUGUUAAACAUACACUGAUGGAAAGCAGUGAGAGAAAGGUUAGCCAUGACAAACAAAACAGAACCACAAUGCAUGGCAGUAAUAAAGAAGAAAACCUGGCACAUCCUGCAGAGCAAGAAAGCAGACAAAGAGUGACAAAAGACCACAUGGAAGAUCAUGUUCAUCACAGAGGUGUAAGACCCAAGGAGAAAACUUUGGAGUACCACAGUCAGUCUGCACAGAGUAAUGCCCAGCAAAAUACUCCAGUCACCACUGAAAUUAAGCAGAGUUCCAAGUAUAGCUCAGAGAAGGAAAUUGUAUCAGUGACUAGAGAUGAGCAAAACCCAAGUAACCAGUCAUUUUCAGUGAGAAGUGAAGCUCAGAUGAGUCACUAUAUGGAAGUAAACACUUCCCCAAGAAUGGACAAAACACAGGUGAAAGAAAGUAAGCAGGAGCAUAGCCAAGGGUUUCAAAGUGGGCAUUAUGCUGGUGAUGGCAGGGUGACAAGUGGUAUAGAUAGCAACAGACACCGGGGUAAAUUUGGUCACCAAACUCUAGACCACCAUGCACUUUCAGCAAAGGGGAAUAGAAGCUUUGAAUCCUCCCACCUUCAGCAACACUCCUCUCACCAUCACCACCACUGCCAGAAUAGUCACCCUAAUGGCAAAAGGCAGCAACCUCCCCAUAACAACCACCACAAAGUACAACAGCAGGAGCAACAGAGAGCUCCAGCACGUGCUUCCUCAAGAAGGCUAAUAUGUGGUUCCUGCCAAGAGAAAUACAACUUCAAGGAAAAAAUGCCUAGAGAGUUGUAUUGCAGGCAUUCAAUUUGCACAUCAUGCAUAAGGGAGAGAAUCAACCCUGACUUCAGUGUUGCUUGCCCCCAUUGUCCAGUGCAAACAUGGAAUAUCAAGAAGGCUCACUGGUGUCCAGUCAAUGAGUUUCUGAUUCAAAAACUUGGAGAAAUCCAGAAAGAUGAUUACAUGGAUGAAAUUGAUGAAAAUAUGGCAUAUUCAUCUGCUCCCUGUGACAAGAGGCAGUCUCAUUCUCAACCUGGGAAUGGUAACACAGAGAGAAGUGGAAACAAACAGUCAUUGAGCAAGCCUAAGAAAGGGGAGUAUAAUGCCCCAGCAAGAUCCCCACAUGGUAGUAAGUGUAUUGCAAUGGGUGUGCAUCCUACCCACUAUUGCUCAGCCUGCAUUGUGUGGUUGUGUGCUAAGUGCGCUGAAGCUGAACACAUGAUAGGAAAGUGUUCCCUCAAACCCUUAAAAGAUCAACUUACAGAAAUGAAGCAGAAUUAUAACCUGAAUGCCAAAAGAACACAAGAGUUACUCAAGAAAUCUAUUCAGAGUUUGGAAAAUGAUUGUAAUGAAGAGAAGAUUUUCCAGCUUUGGAUGAGAGCAGCAUUUGAGAAUAUGGAGAAGAAACAAGAAAACAUUAAACAGUCACUGCAGGUAGGACGGAAACUGCUAAACACACUUUCUGAUGUGAUGCAGACAGAGCCAAGUACUGAAAAUCUUAUUGAAGCACUAACAUCAUUCCAAAUCAUGGAAGACAUAGCAAGUGAAGUCCAUCAGUGGUGGAGUGAUGAGUGUAGUGCCAUGGGUGUUGAUAUGGAAAGGACUGCUUGUCUUAAGUGUCUAAUGAAGAGGACCCUCAGUUCACUGCCAAUAAGAAAUGGGACAUCAGACAUGUAUGCUGCAGACCAGAUUCCUGACACUAAGCUGUUUUCAGAGCUGAGGGCUGAAGGGGGAAGGUUUCAUCUUCAUGCCCUCAGGAAGGAUAGACCCACCAGGCCUGAAGCUCGGGCCUUGCCGUUGCAGUGCUUCAAGUCCUGCCAGGAUGCCACAUCAAGACUGGUCUUUUUGGAUCUGUCAUGGGGAGGGCAGUGCCAUGGCCGACUCUACAUCCGCCUCACAGGAGACACCCUUCGGGGCCGCCAGUUUGUCAGUCUCUGCACUGGCGAAGAAGGUGGUUCAUUCGAGGGACUCGCUUCCAUAGGGUGUGGUGGAAGGGCCUGCCAGGGGAGCAUGUCUGGACUGGAGAUCAUGAGAACAGUGAUGGGAGUGGAGGCAGGAUACAUUCUUCAUCCAACAUGGAGGCACAGGUUCCAGCAGCGCGGGAGGUCCCUGUUUCUCCAGGUUUGGUGGCAGGCCGAUAUGAGAAGAAGAUCCUAAGUACUAUCUUCCGCAUAUACACCCAAGGGGAUAAGGAUACUAAAGAUGAGGCUGGGUUUGGUCAGGUGGAAUUUGGGUUAGAUGUGGUGAAGCAAGCUGUUAUGCUGAAGAACAUUACUGAGGUGGUGAUUAGUGACUGUGGCCUUGUUCUUGAAAUGUAAUGGUGAUGACUGAGGCUUUGUGAGAUGUAAUUGUGAUGGCUGGCUUUGCAAGAUGUAGUGGUGAUGACUGGCUUUCUGUGAUGCAUUAGUGAUGAGUGACAGAUGUAGUAGUGAUGACUGGCUUUGUGAGUUAUAGUGGUGAUGAGUGGCUUUGUGAGUUAUACAGUGGUGAUGACUGGCUUUCUGAGAUGAAGUGGUGAUGAGUGACUUUGUGAGAUGUAGAUAUUGGUGAUUACUGUGGCUUUGUUCUGGAGAUGUAAUGGUGAUGACUGGCAUAGUGUAAUAUAGUGGUGGUGAUAAUAGCUUUGGUCUGGUGGUGUUGUAGGUAAUAACUUACUCAUUUCCCAGCCUUUUUUUUUUUUUUCCUCCAGACCUGCAUAAAUUUUGAAAUGUCUAAAAUUUCUGAGAGAGAGAGAGAGAGAGAGAGAGAGAGAGAGAGAGAGAGAGAGAGAGAGAGAGAGAGAGAGAGAGAGAGAGAGAGAGAGAGAGAGAGAGAGAGAGAGAGAGAGAGAGAGAGAGAGAGAGAGAGAGAGAGAGAGAAUUAUGUCAAUUUCUAAAAAGAAUUACAUGAUAGUUUAGGUUACCAGUUUUAUGUAGCAGAGGUAACUGUCAACAGCAACAGGGAUGGGCAUACUGAAGUGGCAAUUGAAAAGCAUUUCAAAACUAAAUCAAAUGGUGCCUAAGCUCUGAACAGGGUGCACUUGUCCAUAUAGGGCCCCUUUGCUAGUAACUGGAUGCUCCCUCUAUAUUCUUUUCUUUUUUGUUAUUUAAUUAAUUCAUCUGCAUAUUUCUUUUAUCCCUCCCCAUUCAACUUGAUUUUAAAUUAUAAUACUAUACACGUGAAUAAUUAGCGAGGGAUAUUUUGAAGUGUCAUUAUUCUAUCUAUUCAGCAUUACAUACUAUCUGAUCACUUUAACAAUUUUCUAUGUGUUAUUACUAAAGGUGAUGCAGUCUGAGUGAUCUUGAAAAAUGUAGUACAGUACUUGUUUCCUGACUUUUUCUCUUAUCAAGUUAUAAACAUUUUAAUUUUUCAUUUGAAUAUUGACCCAAUUGUGCAAGCUGUGUAGUUGAUCCCUGCAAAGUGAGGGAAGGAGCACUUUCUUCCAUUUGGGGUCAAGGGACUAAGAGAAUGGUGUCAAUGAGUGUGUGUGUUAAAGUUGGCUAUCUCUCUUCAUGGGAGAGAGAGCCCUGACAUGUAUGUAUGUAUAUAAAUUUCAUCAAAGUUUUGUACAUUUGUGAAAGAGAAGAUGCUUUUCUCCACAUAUAAUUCACUCUCCAUGUGAAGGCACUGAUAACCUAUGUAAAAAUGUAAUGAUUAUUCUGGAAAAUAGAAAAUUUAUCUCUGUUAAAUACAUGUAUGAUGUUUUAAGACUACCUAAAUCCCAGCCAAGGAAUGGAUAGCAUCCUUUGUCCCAGUCCACCGCUCACAUGCACUGUUCCUUACUUCUCAAACAAAUUAACUCCUAUAGGGAAGAGCACACACUGGGUUUGUAAUUUGUCUUGGAGUCUUUUCAAGCCUGGUAGACUUGAAUUUUAUUUGGUAUACUUAACAUAAAACUGCAAGCUUCUUUCCUUUUAAAUUUUUACCAUAAGGUGUAAAUUUACCUUCUCUUUCCUAUACAAAUUUGUUUAAACAAAAAAGAAAAUGGAACCAGAAGCUUUCCAGGCUGACUCCCACUGUUACAGGUUUCAGGGGUCACUGUCAGUCAUCUUGGCAACUGGGCUGAACUGAAAAGAAACUGCAACAGAGAGAGAGAGAGAGACCAACCAAAUGUUUCUAACUGCACUGGCACUACCAACACUGAUUUUCUAAGGCUUCAGUAAAAUCUUUUUUAGAUGAAUGUUGUGUAUAUUAAACUGAGGAAUUGUUUUGCAGGUAGAUUACUUGACACACUGUUAUAUGGAUAUGGACUGCCUUAUUACUUUUCACUGUGUGUAGACUUGGACCCUUGUGAUGGUAAUGGUAAGUGCAAGAUUCUGAGGAAGAUGGAAAGGAAAAUGACAUUGUUCUUCAGACAAAAAUUUAACUAUGUAUAUUUUUUUGCAUUUUAUGUAUGUAUAAUGAACAUAUAAAUCUAUUAAUUUUACUCAUAUUUUUUUUGUAUGAAUAAAUUUUUACUUUGCUAAUCUUGUGGGAAUCUUCAUGGGACUAUCUUUGAAAUAAGUAAGAAUUUGAAAAAUAAAUAAAUAAAUAAAUAAAAUAAAUAGCAGUUAGUGGAAAAUGGUUUCAAAAGUGGUAACAGAUUAGGCCAUUAGGGUGCUGGUGAUACUGGUAGAUGGGCAAGGUUGGUCACUGAGGCCACUACUACUGUCUGGUAAAAUGUGAAAUUUGGAAUUUGUGUCGAUUCCAUGACCAUUAUUACCGCAGAAUGAGAAGCAUUACAAAGGGCAAAACUGACCAGCGGGACAGCAUCACUCUUACUGGGAGAGUUGGAUGCAGUGGAACACUAGGUAGUCUGCUGUCUUGAUAUGUGUGGAGUGGCUGUGUUUUCUGAGAUAUGCUAUAGCUAAACUGAUGAUUUUUCAUUAGUUAUACAUUAUGUAUUAUGUAUUAUUAUUAUUAUGUAUUAAUUUACUUUUCUAGUUAUCUUGUUUAUCUAUUGUAUAUUAUUAUUAUUUUUUUGUUUAUUUGUUUGGUUCUGGUAUUAUAAGGCAGUAGAGGGGUAUUAUAAGGCAAUAGAUGGGUUUGGGAUGGCCUUGAGUUAGUAUACUGCCUACGUAGGAUACCAUGAUGACUAGAAACUGUCCUGCCUUGGAGAUGGUAAAUGGUCAGCAUUGCAGUCUAUGAUGUGCUUUAGGUUAGUUUAGAAAUCUUCAUCAUUACAAUUUGAGAAUACUGCUGUUGGUAGUUGCUCCUCUGCCAUCUGGUAGUUUGUAUAUUUAGUUCCUUAACACUGCAGUGGAUUCUCUUUAAGAAAAGCUGCAGAUGACUAUGGGUUUGGAUCUAAUGGAACCAAAUUUGUGAGAAAUUACUUUUAUAUUUGAUGAUGGUCUAAAGUCACUGGCCAUAAUGAAUGAAGCUGUCACUCUUAUUCAGCAGAACAAAGAAUUACAUCACAAAGGUUUUAACCUUCAUAAGUUCUUGUCAAACAACAAAGGUGUAUUAACUGCAACUUCUCAUGAGAGAGCAGAUGGAGUUAAAAGUUUGGACUUAGUGAAAAUGAAGACACACUGCCUAUGGAAAGAACUUCGGGAGUUGAGUGGUGCAUAGAAUCUGACAUUGCAAUUUAGAAUAUAGCUGAAAGACAAGCUUCUCAACUACAAAAGGCAUUCUGUCAACAGUAAGUUCUAUAUAUGAUCCAUUCAAUCCACCUAUUGUAUCAUCUUAUAUUUUACCAUUGUGUAUAUAUUGCGUGCCCUUUCCUUGCCACUGUAUAAUACAUAUUAAAAAGGUUGAAAUACAUAUAUUAUGCCAAAAUAAAGAUCAUAAUUGUUA